AUGCAGUCGGACGACGUGAUCUGGACGAUCAUCGGGCACGAGUUCUGCUCGUACAAGAUCAAGUCCAAGACCCACUCGACCUUCUGUCGCAACGAAUAUAACCUUACGGGUCUGUGCAACCGCCAGUCGUGUCCGUUGGCCAACUCGCGCUAUGCCACCGUGCGCGAACGUGAGGGGAUCGUCUACCUCUACAUCAAGACGGCAGAACGUGCGCACUCGCCCAAGCACCAGUGGGAGCGCAUCAAGCUAUCCAACAACUACUCGCGCGCGCUCGAGCAGAUCGACAAGGAGCUCAUCUACUGGCCCAAGUUCAUCACGCACAAGGCCAAGCAGCGUCUCACCAAAAUCACACAGUACCUCAUCAAGCUGCGCCGUAUCAAACUCAAGGAGGACGAGCAGCCGCAGCUUGUCUCGAUCAAGAAGAAGACCGAACGCAGAGAGGAGAGGAGAGAGUUUAAGGCGCUCAAGGCCGCACGCUUGGAGAAGUCGAUCGAGAAGGAGUUGCUCGAACGUCUCAAAUCGGGAGCGUACGGUGAUGCGCCCUUGAACGUCAACGAAGACGUCUGGAUGCAGGUGUUGGAGAACCGCAACAAGGACAGUGCCAAGGAGCUGGAUCUGGAGGACGAGGAGUCCGAGGAAGAGCUUGAGGAGGACCUCGACGAGAUGGACAGGAUGAUGGAGGAGGAGUUCGAAGACGAAGAUGGCGUGGGCGAUCGAGAGUUUGUGUCGGAUGAUGACGAGGAGGACGACGAUGAGGAGGAUUUGGAGGACCUAUACGAUUCGGAUGGAAACACGAUCGAGUUUGCAUCCGAUUCAGACGCUGAUGACGACGACGACUCGCAGGACGAAAGCGACGACGAAGGUGCGGCACCAGCAGCUGGUAAGAAGAGGAAAGGCCCCACCGCCGGUCCGAGUGCGUCGUCGAAAAAGCUGCAGCAGCAGAAGAAGAAGGGCGGCAAGAAGGGCCCCCAGAUCGAAAUCGAGUACGAACAGGAGACCGAACCUCUUACCAAGGAGGCUCUGGCCAACUGGUGA